UUUGUCCAUAACGGUAAUUAUUUACUUUUCAGAAUCAAACACAAGAGAAUCAAAAAUGGAUCCAGAUACAAUUAUAAAGGCUCGAAUCCAUUACAACUGCCGGGAGAAACUAUACCAUGCAAUGCAGAUGAGUGCGGUGGAGGGAAUGAAAAGAUUUAGCGGAGAUCCCGGGUUUAAAUUCUUCUAUGGGAUGGGUUUAGUCCUUGAAGGCCAGGUGCAAGAAGGAAUAAGGGAACUUGAUCCCCUCCAGGCCUUUACUGAAGUUCAACUGGGAGCAGUUCUUGCACUCAUACACGCACAUAAGAAGUGCCAGCCCAUAGACAAAGAAGCUGUGUUGGCCCUGGAUGCUAAGCUGAAGGAUGAAAGGAAGAAAGCGGAUGACCAGGCUCUCUAUUAUGCCGGGGUUUUCCUUCUUCAUGCAGAUAAGGUGGAGAAGGCCAAAGAGUAUGUAGACAGGAUGCUUAAGAUUAAUCCUAAUUCAAAGGAGGGAUUGAUUCUAAAGGGAUGGAUGGAGGUGGCUUUGCUAAGGGAGUCCAAAAAUAAAAAUGCCUUGCAAUAUUUUGAGGCUGUUCUUAAAACCAACAACAGAAACAUUGAAGCUAUUCUUGGAAAGGCAAAAUAUUAUGAGAUGGCUGGAAACUUUGACGACGCAAUUGAAUUAUUAAACCAGCUCAUUGUGGUGUAUCCAACCUUUUCCCCGUCUCUUGUGGAGAAAAUGAAAGUUCAAUUAUGCCUCCAAGACUGGGACCAAGCAGAUGAAACUGCAAAUAGAAUUCUUAGCGGAGAUCCAAAAAAUAUUGAGGGUCUUAGAUUCAAAGUUUUGCAAACAACAUGCAGGAAAGGCAACUAUGAAGAUGCUAGUCUACAACUUCGGAAAUUUUAUGCAGAAUUAGAAAAAUCUGAACCAAAGAAUGGCCAUGUGUUUUUAAACAAUGCCCAGCUGUUCUCCAGGAUCUGUGGACGUGACAAGCACGUGCUGGAUAUCUCCUUGAUGUUUGCUGAGAAGGCAGCAUCUAUUGACUCUACCAGCUCGGUGGCAAUGGCAGAAGUUGGUUUCCAAAACCUUAUUAAAGGAAGAAUUAAGGAAGCCCAACGUUAUUACAAAACAGCAACUAAGCUGGAUGAAACUUCAAUUUUAGCCCUAAGUGGAAUAGUUGCUUGCCAAUUGCAAGAUAAGCAGCUUGAUAUAGCCAAAGAGCAGCUGGACUUCUUAAAAGAGAUCCAUGGAGGCGUUGGAAAUAAGGCUGAAAUACUGUAUAUGAGUGCUUUACAUUCAAGAUUUGCAGGAACAACAGAAGAUGAUGUGUUAGGUGUUCUUAAUGAAGCUGUGGACACACAUUUUAAAGCAGUUAGGGGUCUAACUUUUGGGCCUGAGUACUUGAUCACCAUGAACCCUGAUUUUGUUGUUCAGCUUGUUAGAGAGUAUCUUAUGUAUGCGCCAAACAACCCAUCAAGUCAAGGACAAGCAAUUCCACCUGCACUGAAAAAGACUUUGAUGAUUCUUGAGCCUGUGACCAAGGCAUGCCCGGGACUGAAAGAUGCCCUUUACCUACUCUCCAAGGCAAAGUUCUUAUCUGGGGAUCUCAAGUCAGCUGUAAGUACGCUUCAGCAUGUGUUGGAUAAUAUUGAUCCAACUGAUGCUGAUUGCCACCUGCUCAUGGCACAAGUACAGUUGCAUCAAGGAAACAUUUUAAAUGCGCAACAAAGUCUUGAGGUAGGAUUGAGUUAUAACUUUGAAGUUAGAGACCAUCCAAUCUACCAUUUGAUAAAUGCUAAAGUUUUGAAGGAACAAGGAAAUCUUCAAGAUUGCAUCAAGACUUUACAAGUUGCUUUAAACCUUGUGAAUCGGAAGAGAGGAAGUGCUGACAAAAAUGGGAAGGCAAAAGAAAUAUCUGCAACUGAUAGGGUAUCUGUUUUCCUGGAGUUAGCUGAAGUAUAUCGAUUAACAAAUCAAAACCAGGAGGCAUCAAGGAUCAUGAAUGAGGCCCUGAGUGAGUUUGCUGGAACAUCUGAGGAGAUCCGAAUAACAGUAGCAAAUGCUGAUUUGGCCCUGGCUAAAGGAGAAGUGGAUUCAGCGUUACAAAUUCUUAAGUCCAUUACUCCUGAACAAAAUUAUUAUCUUCAAGCCAUGGAGAAAAUGGCAAAUAUCUACUUAGUUCAUAGGAAAGAUAAAAAGAUGUAUGCUCAGUGUUACAGGGAGGUGGUGGAAAAGAGUCCAAGCCCUCAGAGCUAUCUCUUACUAGGAGAUGCAUACAUGUCUAUAACAGAGCCAGAAAGAGCUCUGGAAAUAUAUGAGCAGGCGUUAAAGAGAAACCCUAGAGACACGGCAUUAGCAGCAAAGAUGGGGAAAGUUCUUCAGAAAACUCAUCAAUAUGGGAAAGCCAUAAACUAUUACAAGGAAGCAGUCAAAGAUGAAGAAAAUAACAAUCUUCGUUAUGACAUGGCCGAACUGCAAAUGAAGCUUAAGACUUAUGACAAAGCAGAGAAAACUGUGGCUCAGGCACUUCAGAUUGAAAAGGAUAAUCAGAAUGAUCUCAAUGGAUUAAUCUCUCAGGCAAAGUUUCUGACCCUUUUGGCUAAAAUCCAAGAGAAGAGUGGCAAUGCUAACAGCUCUAUGAAAACAUUAAGUGAUGUAAAGGACUUAAGAUCAAGAAUUCUGAAGCGGGUUCAAAUUGAGCAACCAGAUGCGGUACUUGAUCAGCGCCAUCUUGCAGCAAAAAUCUGCCACCAAAUGGCUGAUAAUAUGGUUAUGCAGCGAAACUAUACUGCUGCUAUAAAUCAUUACAAGGAAGCCUUAAAGUUUGAUACUGAAGAUGCCAUGGCCUUGAUUGCUCUAGCUCGUCUGUAUCUCAUGAACGAUGAUCUGGACCAAUGUCAGUACACAUGCAUGUCACUGCUAAGGAAUGACAAGGAGAACGAGGAAGCAACCAUAAUGAUGGCGGAUCUUGCAUUCAGGAAAAAUGACUAUGAGUCCGCUAUGUUCCAUUUCCAGCAAUUACUUCAGAAGAAGCCUGAUUAUUGGGUGGCUCUCGCCAGACUUGUUGAAGUUAUGCGGAGAACAGGUCAUUUAGAGGAUGUGCCAGAGUACUUGAAGAAAUCAGAUGAGUAUGUUGGAACUAGAGCCUCUCUCAUACCAGGACUAAACUUUUGUAAGGGACUAUUUGAAUGGUACUCUGGAAAUCCUAAUGAUGCUUUGAAAAUGUUCAACAAGGCCAGGAGAGACAAUGAAUGGGGACAAAGAUCAAUUUACAAUAUGAUUGAGAUCUGUAUCAAUCCAGAUAAUCAGAUGUUAGGGGGUGAAGUGUUUGAGCAUGUUGAUUCAGAUGUACACGCAGAUUCCAGAGAUAGUCAAGAGAUGGCGUUAAGAACCGCGGACAAACUUUUAAAGGAGCUCAAACCUAAAGCAGGGUUACAGCAGAUGAGUUAUGAACUAUUACAAGGAAUGUUACAACUCUCUUCUAAAAAUAAGAGUAAUAUAGAACGAGCCCUCGCUGAUUUUUUACAAAUUUGCUCACGUGACACUCAGAGAGAAAAUGUUGGAGCUGUCCUAGGAUCUGCAACAGCAUAUAUGCUACUCAAGCAAACUCCAAGAGCAAGAAAUCAAUUAAAACGAGUUGCUAAGUACAACUGGAAUUUUGAAGAUGCUGAACAUCUUGAGAGAUGCUGGCUCCUCCUAGCGGAUAUAUAUAUACAAGGAGGGAAAUAUGACAUGGCAAGUGAACUCCUAAGAAAAGUUCUUCAGCAAAAUAAAUCCUCAACAAAGGCUUACGAGUAUAUGGGAUUUAUUAUGGAGAAGGAAAACAGUUUCAAGGAUGCUGCAAAUCAUUACGAAGCAGCUUGGAGAUAUAGUAAUAAGGCAAACCCUUCUAUUGGUUACAAACUGGGGUUCAACUAUAUGAAAGCAAGAAGAUAUGCGGAUGCAAUAGAUGUUUGCCAUGCAGUUCUAGAAAAGUAUCCGAACUAUCCGAAGAUCAAGAAAGAUAUCUUGGACAAAUCUAGAGCAAGCCUUCGCAGCUAAACUCAACUUUUGAUAAAUUAUAUGUUUUAACGAAAUCGAAAAAGUUGUGAUGAAGUCUUAAAUCUAUAUCUUAACAUAUGCACAUGAAAACUGAAAACUGUAAAUAAUAAACGAAUUACAAAUAAACUGCUUGGAGAUGAAAA